AUGCAAUCCGAAAAUGAUAAAUCCAAACCAAAGAUUUCACGUAAAAACAAGAUUAUGACUGAAGAUGAUGUCAAACAAAUGUUCAUAACAAAAGAGCUUUGUGGAAUCGUUCGCAUCUUCCUCAAAGAAAAAGAAACAAAUCAUAACAAUACUGACAUCGAAGAUGAUGAUGAGUCAAUUUAUAGUUCGACUUCAAGAGUUCAAUCAUCACCCAACAACAGAGUAUUUUUGCCUUUUCAACUGCAAGAAUAUAUGAUCGAGAAUUUUUAUGGAGUGGCUCGACAACAUUGUGGCUCCAGCACCAAUCUGAACGCUGAAAAUUUCUUGAAUGCUCUCAAUAAUUUUUUAAGUGCCUUAAUUGUUGGCUUACAAUUCAACAAAGAGAAAGAUCAAUCCACAAGAUUACCAUAUGAGUAUUAUUGUUGCUUCCCAUCACCAGAACAUAUUAAUUAUAUUGUUAUUGGUGAAUUUGAAAGAGCAUGUCGCACUUUUGCCAUGCUUUCAGAUACUGAAUAUGAAUCCAACCAUUCAUACUCUAUUGUUUAA